CGGUUUGGCAAAUGAGGGAAGUGACGUCACAACAGCAAACUACAGCGGACAUACGACUCGACAUCGACGAAACACAUCGGACAAAUAUGUCUGGGCUUCUGCGAACCAUUACAAACCGUGUUACUCCUACUUUGCGGGGGUUCACCAUCAGCCAGAAGGCAAAUGUCUACACUAAACCUGCCAAGGAGAAUAUAGGCGCUAUGGAAACCGCCAUUGGACUGGGUAUGUUCUGUGUCGCCAUCCUGGGACCGUCGGGAUGGAUCCUGGCCCACCUGGAGGACUACAAGAAGAGAGAUUAAAUUGGACGUUUUAAUCAUAGACCUGGCCUUCUGCGUCCCGAUGGAGCCUCCACCACUUCCACCGCAGAGGAACAUGUGGCCCGCUGUCAACCAGCCACAUCUUAGGGACAGACAUUUUUCCUCAACAAUAUCCAUCCCGCAUACUUUCCUGUGCAUAUGUUGUGAGUACAACAAUAAAUCUUAAAGCCCAGAA